AUGACUCUCGCUGACUUCCUGGAGUUUGGGAAAACAAAGGCAGUCACUGGAUGUUACUCUUUUUUUUACAGUUAUGUCAUGGACAAGGACAAGAAGAAAGCUCCUGAGCUAAGACAGGUGAUAGCUGCAGCAGUUGCAAGCGACAAGGAGAAAUAUAACGAAGCAUUUCUAGGGAAGCCUAAUGAAGAAUACUGUGCCUGGAUUCUCAAUCCGGAGAAGUGGGGAGGUGCGAUUGAGCUUUCAAUAUUAGCAGACUAUUAUGGUCGAGAAAUUGGAGCUUAUGAUAUUCAAACUAGUCGAUGUGACUUGUAUGGACAUACCAAAAACUACAGCGAAAGAGUUAUGCUGAUCUAUGACGGUCUUCAUUAUGAUGCUCUCGCUUUGUCUCCAUUUGAAGAUGCGGAGGAAGACUUUGAUAUGACUAUAUUUCCGGUUGGUAAAGAUAGAUCCAUUGGUGCUAUAGAAAGGCUUGUUUUAAAUCUAGUAAAGAACCAACAAAGGAAAAGGAGUUACACAGAUACUGCAAACUUCACUCUGUGUUGUGGUGUUUGCCAAAUUGGAGUUAUUGGACAAAAGGAGGCUGUGGAGCAUGCUCAAGCAACUGGUCAUGUCAACUUUCAAGAAUACCAUUAA